AUGAUCGGGGUGAAGAAAAAGAUAAGCAUUGAGAGAAUUGAUGCUCAUUUAGAGUGGAAGAGGCCGAAGAAGAAGAAGAAGAAAAUGAAAAAGGAAAAGUUUGAUGAUGAAUAUCGGAAAAUUGAUUUCGAGAAUGAGAAAGAUGAGGAGCAGUUGGAUUCCUUUUUGAAAGCUUUAGCAGGAAAUGAGGCUAAAGUGACAACGAGUUUGCCGAGAGAUCAAAUCGAUGAACCGAUUGGGAGUUUUGAAGAAAGGGGGAAUGAUAAAAAGGAGGAAGAAUAUCAAGUUGAUCAAGUUGAUGAUGGUGAUGAAGUUAAUCAAAGUACAGGAAAAGGUGAUCAAAAUGAAUCCACAACUGAGUCGACAAGUGCGGUUGAGCCGCUUGAUACCGACGAAUUCUUGGAAAGCGACAAAGAAGAGAUGCAAGAUGAAGCGCUGAUCAAAGCGUUUUUGAAUAAAGUUAAUGAAAAUGAAACGGAUUCCUUUGAUUUAAAUGAUCAAAUCCCUCAACUAUUGGGCGCAAUAAAUGAGACUUUCGAUGGAAACAAUUCGACGAAUCUCACCUCUUUUGAGUAUGAGUUCAGCUUGAAUGGAACGGAAAUGGAGUUGAGAGAAAGCUUUGGAUCAAUUCAAACGCCGAAAGGGAGAAAAUAUCGGCCACGAACGUUUGAGAGAGCUUCUUUAGAUGAAGCUCUACUAGAAUCUGAACUCAUGAGUUACAAAGUUGAUGGCAAUGAAACGGAAGCUCUCCGCCUUCGCGAACUUCUCGCCGAUCCGCUCAAAUUAGAGACAAAUGAUUACGCGGAUUCGUACAGAGACUAUGGUAGCAGUUUCAUCAUUCCCGUUUUGAGCUCGAUUAGCUACGACAAUUGUACUGUACCAUUGAUAUUUGCUGAUAUUCCCGUGAACGUUCGGGUUCAAUUCCAGAUCAUUCACUUGGCUAAUUUCGACAGUGAACAAAUGGAGUACACAAUUGAUUUAGAGCUUGAGAUGAAAUGGUACGAUUUAAGACUUCGAAACAACUACACGAAACCGGUGCUUCUACGAGAAAAGGCGGUGAUCGACAAGAUUUGGCGGCCCGAUCCAUAUUUUGUCAACUCGAAAUACUCGUACUUUCACAGGGUUUCAUUCCCGAAUUUCCGAAUGCGUAUUACUCCGGAAGGAUUGGUUACAUACACAAUGAGAGUUUCCCUUCUCCCAUCAUGUCAAAUGGUUUUCUGCAAAUACCCGCACGAUCGACAAAGAUGUGAUCUACUGUUGAGUUCAAUCGCCUACCCUCAUUCAUUUGUGAACUUUUCAUGGAAUUCCGUUCCAUUCACUUUCAAGUCGGCCAUCGCUCUUCCCGAGUUGCACAUCAAUACAAUCUCAGCGGAUACGUGUGAAGUAGAGAAUAAACUCUUGCAUUCCUCAUGUCUUCGUCUUCUCUUUUUACUCGAAAGAGACGGUGGUCGAUUCAUUGUGGAGAAAUACGUUCCAUCAACACUUGCAAUGAUGUUUGCUUGGGUUGCGCCGUAUGUUCCAUAUAAUUAUGAGGAUGUGCGGAUUGUGACACCGAUCAUGGUUCUUCUUGCUCUCGUACAAAUGGAGAAAGACGAUUCAGCGAUUCGAACUUCCUAUUUAACAUCGAUGAAUGUUUGGUUUGGAAUGAUGAAGGCUUUUUCGGUUUUAUCCCUCGUCGAAUCACUCGUUAUUUUGGCGUUUAUCAAGAGGAGUCGAGCGAUGGAGAAAAACGCGUCUCGAGCUGUCACCGAGCUUGAGAAGGAGUGUUUCUUGAUGGAAAAGCGGCGAUCACUCCGACAUGCGCAUGUAUUAGAUCAAAUUUGCCGUGUCCUUUCUCCAGUCACUUUCAUCGUUUUCUUCAACUAUUAUGUUCUUUUCGUGGCUCAGGGUGAUGACAAUGAUUGUGUGCGGAGGCAACCGUAUAAAGGAUUUCUACCGGAG